AUGACGGCGGAGAAGGCGCUGCCUCUGGGCAAUGGGAAGGCUGCCGAGGAGGCGCGGGAGUCUGAGGCGCUGGGAGGCGGCGGCGGCGGCGGGGGCGCGGCGGCCGCGCGCGACCCGCGCGACAAGCGCGACAAGGCGGUCCACGAGCGCGGCCACUGGAACAACAAGGUGGAGUUCGUGCUGAGCGUGGCUGGGGAGAUCAUCGGGCUGGGGAACGUGUGGCGCUUCCCUUACCUGUGCUACAAGAACGGAGGAGGGGCGUUCCUGAUUCCCUAUGUGGUGUUUUUUAUUUGCUGUGGAAUUCCUGUUUUUUUCUUGGAAACAGCUCUGGGACAGUUCACGAGUGAAGGUGGCAUUACAUGUUGGAGGAAAGUUUGCCCUUUAUUUGAAGGCAUUGGCUAUGCAACACAGGUGAUCGAGGCCCAUCUGAACGUGUACUACAUCAUCAUCCUGGCAUGGGCCAUUUUCUACCUGAGCAACUGCUUCACCACCGAGCUCCCCUGGGCUACCUGUGGCCACGAGUGGAACACAGAGAAUUGUGUGGAGUUCCAGAAACUGAACAUGAGCAACCACAGUCAUGUGUCCCUGCAGAAUGCCACCUCUCCCGUCAUGGAGUUUUGGGAGCGCCGGGUGCUGGCCAUCUCAGAUGGGAUCGAGCACAUUGGGAACCUCCGCUGGGAGCUGGCCUUAUGUCUCCUGGCAGCCUGGACCAUCUGCUACUUCUGCAUCUGGAAGGGGACCAAGUCCACAGGAAAGGUUGUAUACGUCACCGCAACAUUUCCCUAUAUCAUGCUUCUGAUCCUCCUGAUCCGAGGGAUCACCUUGCCCGGGGCCUCCGAAGGCAUCAAGUUCUACCUGUAUCCUGACCUCUCCCGGCUCUCCGACCCACAGGUCUGGGUAGAUGCUGGGACACAGAUCUUUUUCUCCUAUGCCAUCUGCCUGGGCUGCCUGACUGCUCUGGGAAGUUAUAACAAUUAUAACAACAACUGCUACAGGGACUGCAUCAUGCUCUGUUGCCUCAACAGUGGCACCAGCUUCGUGGCCGGCUUUGCCAUCUUCUCGGUCCUGGGCUUCAUGGCGUACGAGCAGGGGGUGCCCAUCGCCGAGGUGGCGGAGUCAGGCCCCGGCCUGGCCUUUAUCGCUUACCCCAAGGCUGUCACCAUGAUGCCCCUCUCGCCCCUGUGGGCCGCCCUGUUCUUCAUGAUGCUCAUCUUCCUGGGCCUGGACAGCCAGUUUGUGUGCGUGGAAAGCCUCGUGACCGCCGUGGUGGACAUGUACCCCAAGGUCUUCCGGAGGGGCUACCGGCGGGAGCUGCUCAUCCUGGCUCUGUCCAUCGUCUCCUACUUCCUGGGCCUCGUGAUGCUAACGGAGGGCGGCAUGUACAUCUUCCAGCUCUUCGACUCCUACGCCGCCAGCGGGAUGUGCCUUCUCUUUGUGGCCAUCUUCGAGUGUGUCUGCAUCGGCUGGGUGUACGGAAGCAAUCGCUUCUACGAUAACAUCGAAGACAUGAUUGGCUACCGGCCACUGUCGCUCAUUAAAUGGUGCUGGAAGGUUGUGACCCCCGGGAUCUGUGCGGGCAUCUUCAUCUUCUUCCUGGUCAAGUACAAGCCUCUCAAGUACAACAACAUCUAUACCUACCCCACCUGGGGCUACGGAAUCGGCUGGCUCAUGGCCCUCUCCUCCAUGCUCUGCAUCCCUCUCUGGGUCUUCAUCAAGGUGUGGGAGACAGAGGGGACACUGCCCGAGAAAUUCCGGAAGUUGACCAUCCCCAGCGCUGAUCUGAAAAUGCGGGGCAAGCUUGGGGGAGGCCCACGGACGGUGGCGGUUAAUGACUGUGACGCAAAACUCAAGGGCGAUGGGGCCAUUGCAGCCAUCACAGAGAAGGAGACACACUUCUGAGCAACACCUCCACCGCGGAUGCCUCUCCUUCCUUUCUUCCCCGCACCCCGUGUGUGUAAAUGAGUACCUGAAACACGCAUUUCACCUAAUGAUA